UGUGGAUCACCACCACCAUGUUGUAUCGAUACAUUCCAUUGUGAUUACUCGAGCAGUGUGACAGUGUUUUAAAUGUUGUUUCAAUUAUUUUCAAUUCCUAAAGAAAACCUGCAUCUCCCCCCAAGAGUCCACGAGUCAGUGACCAAAUACAUGAAGUGUAGUUCCCUGAGACCACCCUCAGUCCAGUGCAAUUAAUUAAAAAAUGCCUGACAUCCAGGACGCAGGAUGUGUCCCCCUGGGCCUGCUCUGCCUUCUCCUGAUAAUUCCCUUGGGCAACACCUCAUCGCCCCCAGGUAUCUCGCUCAAGUCCCAAAAAUACGCCCAGAAGACCCUCGCCGAGGAGGAUAUCUGUCACCCAGUGACAGGCGUCGCCAAAAACUCGAUGAGGCUCCCCAGACUCCCAAACUCCGGCCUCAUAAUUUCACCAGCUCAUGUUUUCGACACUUGGGCAUAUCGAGUGGACGAUCUUCGUUGCAAAUUUGUAAUAAAAGCACCCAAGGGAGAGCACUUGUUCGCAGUAAUUCAGAGCAUGUCCUUUCGACGGAACGAGAGUGGCUGCAUCGACUACGUUAAAUUCAGAAGGAAAGACCGAAACUCGACCGAUAAAUUCUGUGAUAAUUUCGACAGGCGAAGACGGAGGUAUUCCCUGGAUCACUCUGAGGAUUACACUGGUGUUAUGAGUAAAAAUGCAUCGUUCACCUUCGGAGAGUUUGACCUCCAGGGGGAAAUCGAGACGACAAUAUUCGUCUCGAAGGAGACGUUAAGUGGAGGCCAACGUCUGGACCUCACCCUCGUUUACACACCCUACAAGGACUGUGAGAAGGUGGACGAUAACCAGUACAGGACAAUGAGGUACGACGUCUGUAUCUGGAGAGAGUAUUUCUGUGAUGGUUACACCAACUGCUUCGCUGGAAUAUGCAUGGACGAAGAUUAUUGUCCAGAUGAGGCGACUAGUAAUGGAACGGGAACUACAGUCACUAUUGGAGCUGUUACGACUAUUCUACUGUGCUUCAUUAUUUUUUUGAUGGGCCUGUGCAUCUGCAAGAAGAAUAGGAAGUUGUGUUGGUCGACUGACUGCGCUGGACCCUCCUCCCAGGAUCCUAGGGGACGUGGGGACUCGGGGGCCUCCACUCAGACCCAAGGAGUUGCUCCAAUGCUCGAAAUUGCUGCGUUACCCUCACCCUUGGAUAAGGAUCUACCACCCAGUUAUGACUCCUUGUUUCCUGAACAGGCGAAUCGAGCUACUUCAUAGGGAAAUUAUGUC